AGUCUGAAGGGAGGGGGAGAGAGCAGAGAGCGAAGCACGGACGUCGGGAACAAAAGCUCUAGCAGUGGAGUCUGGCGAAGGCUAGGAGAGAGCAUGGGGUGUUUUUGAAUAAUUAUUAAAAUGAGCAUGUGUCUGCGCCAUCCUGUGGGUGUGGCGCAGAGCGGAGUGUAAACUCUAGCGGGGCCGAAGCAAACAUUGGCUUAGCGGCAGCAGCUGCCAGCCUGUGCCUAGGAGUGUGGGGACCAGCGCAGCGGCAAGCAGACCGGCACCAUGGCCUCGUCUCAGGGGAAAAACGAGCUGAAAUUCGCCGACUGGAUGGCAACUCUGCCUGAGAGCAUCCACAGCAUUCCCCUCACCAAUUUAGCCAUCCCAGGGUCCCAUGAUUCCUUCAGCUUCUACAUUGAUGAAGCCUCUCCAGUAGGCCCUGAGCAGCCAGAAACUGUCCAAAAUUUUGUCUCUGUGUUUGGAACUGUAGCCAAGAAGCUGAUGCGGAAAUGGUUAGCCACUCAAACAAUGAGCUUCACUGGUCAGUUGGGAGCUGGAAUCCGUUACUUUGACCUUCGAAUUUCCACGAAGCCCAGAGACCCAGACAAUGAACUGUACUUUGCUCAUGGCUUAUUCAGUGCCAAAGUCAAUGAGGGUCUUGAAGAGAUCAAUGCAUUUCUCACAGAUCAUCACAAAGAGGUAGUAUUCUUGGACUUCAACCAUUUUUAUGGAAUGCAGAAAUACCACCAUGAAAAACUGGUCCAAAUGCUGAAAGACAUCUAUGGAAACAAAAUGUGCCCAGCCAUUUUUGCCCAGGAAGUAAGUCUAAAGUACCUAUGGGAGAAGGACUAUCAAGUAUUGGUCUUCUACCACAGUCCAGUGGCACUGGAAGUGCCCUUUCUUUGGCCUGGGCAGAUGAUGCCAGCACCCUGGGCAAACACAACAGACCCUGAGAAAUUGAUCCAGUUUCUUCAGGCAUCCAUCACUGAAAGAAGAAAGAAGGGCUCGUUUUUUAUAUCUCAGGUGGUGCUGACACCCAAAGCAAGCACUGUGGUCAAGGGUGUGGCAAGUGGCCUCAGAGAAACAAUCACAGAAAGGGCUCUUCCAGCCAUGAUGCAGUGGGUCCGCACCCAGAAGCCAGGAGAGAGCGGCAUCAAUAUUGUCACUGCUGAUUUUGUAGAACUUGGUGAUUUUAUCAGCACUGUCAUAAAACUCAACUAUGUCUUUGAUGAGGGAGAAGCCAACACUUGAUAUUACUCUUUGGGAUGUCCAUGAGUAAGAUAGGAAAGCCUCAUUGUAUUAGACAUAUUAUCAACAACCCUCUGAUUUCCCUAUUCCACUGAGUCUCUGAAGGAAUUAGGGCUGGAAGUGGGUGGGAAAAGAGGGUAAACCAUGUCUUCAGUGAUUGUAACCAUAUUCUGCAUUACUCUAUAAAUAUGCCAUCAUUCCCAUUUGGUGAGCAAAAUCUACUUCUAGUGUUAGGAAUAGAAAAGAACAGUGAAUUUUGUUUUUCAGAAUUAAUGUUUGUGAUAUGUAACUCAUGAGUGUUUACUUGACUGCAUUUUCUAAUUUCAACCUUGGGCUCCUAUAUUGUUCAUACCCUCUACUCUUUCCACUCCCUCUCUCUUGCUCCCUCUUCCUAAUUAGAUGCUUUAUGGGUCUCCAAACAAUUGAAUGCCCAACAUAUUGUGUAUUGCACUGUUGUAAUGAAAUGUGUUUGUUUUGUGACAAUUGGUAAAGUAUUCCAUAGUCAUCUGUAAUUGGGCAAUCAUAGUUAAUUCUUGGUCGUAGAAAAUAUGCAUCAAAUCAGUUUCCCUGCAUUAGUAAUAUUGGCAGUUAUUAGUGAUUUUUGUGUUCUAUUAAAACAAUGGUGUUUCACAGUAUUUCUGUGUGAGGCAGCUAUGACUAUUAUGCAAAUGGAUUUCUGAAAAGACUGUGAGUGUCAGGUCCAUAGUGAAAAAAAGAAGAAUGGCACAUGCAGAGACAGAUGCUAUUUUAAUUCAGCAAAGUCUGAAAUACUAACGCCCAGCGAAUGUCAAGCUACAAGUGUGUGGAAAUCAGCAAAAAAAAAAAUUAAGUUUUUAUAAACUUCUCUUAAUAAUUGUAUUUUUUCUAAAAUUCAAAAUAGAAAGACCGUGACCAAUUUCCUAUAAAAUUGAGGUUCUAAAUGCAUAAUUCUAAAACCUAGAUUUUGGAAACAAAAAGAAGCUUUAUUGAUGUUUAUGACUUAGAAAGAAGAAAAUGACAGAAUGUAGAGGGAGUUAGAACAAUGUUUUUGAGACUAUACCCUUAAUCUCUGUAGUUCCUUUACAAAUUCUUUCAAUAUGUAUGAUUUCAACAGACUCAUUUACAACCAGCAUCCUGGGUUCCAUGCUGCUUGAGGUAAGACAAAGGCCAUGGAACUGAAGUCUCAUAAAAAGUUCUGUGGCAUCAGUUUUGGUAAUCCAAGGAAAACAAUGUUAGCAUACUCUUUUGAGUGUCUGUCAUUCUUGAUAUUUGCCAACUCUAAAAACAAUCUUCAAAGAGCACAAUUAUUCACAAGAAUAAUAGGAGGGAUUAUUAAAAAUCUGUACAAUUGCUGAAGUUCCUAAAAUUACAUAUUAUUUUAUCUUCACACAUAGAAAUAUUCCAACUUCAGUAGUUUCCUUGAACAAUGAAUUUCCAUGCAUAUCAGACUCCUAGAAAAAUAAAAGCAUGCCCUUGGCUUUGAAUUAAUUUAAAUGGAGGACAUAUGACUCAGUCUCUUUGGCCUAGACUAAGACUUGAUUUCAAGUAUACAUCUAGGUAUUAUAAAUGACCAAGAGCUGACUUAGAUUAUAGAUAUUCUUUAUUAGUAAAUAGCAUUUACUACCAACUACAGAGAAUGAAUAAAAAUUGUCUUUACUUAAGAGUAUGUUCGUGAAAAAUGAGUUUGGACCAAGUAACUUGCCUAUGCACACACCAGACUUGAUUAUAAUUCCAGAUAUGUGUACGUUGUAUUUUGUCACACAUACUCUGGCACAGACAAACACAGAUAUACACAAAUACAUACAGAUUAUAAUCAAACAUAACAUAAUUUUUUAACAAAAACACUUAUAUUAGUUGAUAAUUUAAUUUAAAGAAGAAUACCAGAGCUAGACAGAGGAACAUGCCUGUAGCGGUAGAACUUGAGAGGCAGGAGGAUCAGUACUUCAGUCUAGCCAGGUCUAUACUGUGAGCUCAAGGCUACCCUGGGUUAAAUAAUGAGAUCCUAUCUCAGAAAUCUAAACCAUAUCACAAAAAUAGCAUCCUUCAUAAAUGUUUGGAAAAUGUUACAAAACAUUUGAAAUUGUAGUAGUUCACCAAAUAAAAUGUUUUUAUGAAAUAUUAUAGAUUGGGACUUCAAUAUUCACAAUGUGUAAUACUUUCCGUCUUCACUUCUUCGUCCUCUGCAAGUCUAUUAUAUGUCUAUUAUAUUUCACUUGAUCUUCUUGUGAAGAUGAACAAUUUUCAAUUAUUGACAUUAUGCUCUAUACAUUUGCUUUCACACUCAGUUUUCUCUCUGACUAUUCAAUUUAUAGAUGCCUCGGGAGCAUCUACAGCCAAGCACAGUUGCAGUGACACAAUUACCUAACUUACAUGAUAGAAAGAGAUUCUUAAUCUGUUAACAAAAUAUGAAUGCAAUGGAGAAGUAACUGGAUGCUAUUAUCUUGAAUGUGGACACUUUCUUACAGUGUUUGAGCAGUCAACUUUGUCAUAUUUGUUAUGUGGGUGCUGGAAAAAAUAGACAUAAUGAAGCAUUAGGUUGGAAUUUCCUAUCUAGGAAAGAGGAUUUCGUUUGCUUGUUUUGUUACUUUUGCCAUUAAUGAUGUCUGCACAGAACCUGUGCUUUCCUCUGAACGUAUGAUUCACACAUGGAUAUGCAAUUAGCUCCUAGGAAAUAGACACUGAGGUAAAUGGACUUGCCUUAACUUCUAAAGAUGGACUAAAAUAGAAGUAAACUCUGAGAGAAUCCACAAAAAGAGAUUCUUGGGAAAAAGAAAUAGGGAGAAGACACGUUUGGCUCUCUCCCGGCCGCCGAUCUGCUGCGGAGCACACUCACGGGGCAGUGUGGGCCUCUCAUAGAGAAAUGAUGCUGUGCCAUAAGCUCAGACCUUGUCUUUCCUGAGUCCUGGGAGCACAAGGGCUACACACAGGCUUCAAGUGUCGGUAUGUUUCGGUGUAGUUUUUGUUCUGCUGGCAGUUCCAGACACUUUAUGUUACAAGUCCUACAAAGAAAAAAAAAAAAAAAACUGAACUAAAAUCCACCUGUGGCAGGAAAUCUGAAGAGUGAGAGGAACAAGGGAAAGUACUCAAAUAAAUUCACUUUUGCAUUUGCUUUCCUGUCAACAACAGUGAAGGACCAAUAUAGCAAAUACUUCUGCCAUUACCACUAUGUCUCCUUCUUACUACAGUCUUGUGAGCACAGAGAAUGGGGAGGCAUCCUUUAAAAGCCUUAGGAUAUUCUAUAUGAUAACCUCAAUGUUCGCUUUCAGCCAUAAUGGGAAAACUCAAAUUUCACAGAACACCACCUAACAGAGAAUGUAUCAGAACAGAAUAUAUUUGGCAAGACAUGCGUGUUUAUGCAUGCCCUCAUGCAUGCAUAUGUGAGCACGUGUGCAUGCACGCGAGCGCACGUGAGCGCGUGCACACACACAUACACACACACACACACA